AUGUCAACUCAAGAAUGGGCUGAUAAAGCCAUCAAAUAUUUUGUGGAGCAUUUAGCGAACAUGACUGCUCCAGAAAAUUUUCACAGUUGGAUCAAAAAAUUUAAAGAUGACUCGAAGUAUGAUAAGUCAGAAGCCAAUGUCAGAGCGACAAUCAAAGACGCAAAAUGUUGUAUGGAACUGGACGAGAAUCGACGCAUCACUCUUUUCUGCUCCGCUGAUGAUAAGUUGAUAAGAAAUGGUUAUCAUGGAGCCAGAAAUAAGCCAUUUAGUGGAGGAAAAUUGAAUUCUGGAAGUACUCCGAUUUCGUUGCCAAAAUCAUCAAAUCAACCAUCUACAUCAAAUUCUGCCAUUAAAACCACUCCGAAGAAAGUUCACGAAAACAAAACUUCUCCAACUACUCCAAUACAACCUAGUAAAAAUUUGUCGGUCCCAAAAUUCUCAAUUUCUAGUCCAAAUGAGCCAAAUGGAAAAAACAAUACUGCUCCAUCUACUCUAAAACUUCCAAUUAAAAGUGUUACGACUCCAAAACCGUCAGUUUCCAGUCCAAUUGAGCCAAUUGUCAAAAAAUUGCCUGAUCCUGGUUCUUCAUCGAAAUCGGAAUCUUUGCGGACUCCAAAAACUCAAAAUUCAGAAGAUUCGGGACUCAAGAAAAAUGAGAUAGUGAUUCCGAAAAUAAAAUCGACGACUCCAAAUAUCUCAACAAUUUCUAUCAAAAAUGAGCCCCAAGAAGACAUUAUCAUCGAUCAAUUACCGCUGAACCCUCGUCCUCAUGUUCUCAUCGUCGAAAAGAUGGAUCUCCCCGUCCCCGAUUCUACCGUAUCCAUUCCAGCAGCAAAGAAGCUUCCAGACCUUCCGAAAAUUUCAAAUUCCCGCCCUACAGUAUCCCAGAACAACACUCCUGGACCAUCAACUCCGGCUUCAAAACGAUCAUCUCAAAAUGAAGUUCAAGAGGUUGCUGAAAAACGUCAAAAAUUGACUACAGUAUCCCAGGAGCCACUGACUCGUCGAAAAUUUCUGGAACAUUUGGAGCGAUUUGCCAUAAUUAUGGAUUCGUCGAAAAUGGCUCAGGUUUUGGUCAGAAUUCGGAAUUCAUUGAGAAGUUGUGGAGAAGAGAUCCUCCACAUCCCAGAUGUGAACACCAUAAUCCGAGCCGUCGUCGUGGCGACAAAGAUCCCAUGGCCAUCUGCAUCCGAGGAAGUGACCAGUCUAUCUCAAUACGUUCAAAUGCUUCGUUACACAAUUCUAAUGCUGAAUUCUGAAGAAUUGGAAACGUCAGAUGAGGAAUUGAAAGUUCAUAUGAAACGUUUGGCAGUUCAAGAUAAGAAAAUUCCAAUGAGCCGAAUCGCCCAGGGCAUUGAUCAACUUCUCGUCGCCGCCAUGUCUGUUGAUAGUAAUUAUUGA